AUGACGUAUUUUCAUGAUAUUGAUUUUACAACUACAAAAACCAGUGCAAUAAUAGUUAAUGCAAAUAAAACAAUAAUAAAUAAUAAAAACGUGGUUAAAGCAAAAGCUUCACUAGCAACAACUGAAACAAGGAGAACAGACUUUAAAAAUGGAAACUUGGCAAUUUUAUACAAAUACAAACAAAAUCAAAUUAAUGCCAGACCAAAAUCAAUACCAACAACAGAGAAUAUUACAAAAACAAUAUCAUAUACAACACCAUCAUCAUCACCAUCAGCAGCAGCAACAUCGUCAUUAUCACUAUCAGACAUAUGCUACAACACAGCAAGCAUUAGAGGAGGAACAUCAACAACGUCCAGAACAUGUAGAAAAUCAAAGUUUUAUAACAAAUGCAAAUCAGAAUUGUUUAACCGCCUCCAGCCUACAAUUGAACAAGCAACAAAAACAACUACAGCUAAAUCAGCAGCAGCUGACGCAGCAACAUUCAUACAAAACAAUAUCAAUACAAAAAGUAACACCGGCAACAACAAGAACAACAAUAUGCCAAUGCAAAUCACAACAAACCUCAUCAUCUGCCCAGUCACAAUUACUCCACUAUCAGCAUCUCCAACAUCAGCAUCAUCGUCAACACUGUUCUCAGCCUCAGCAGUCUGUUCAGCAAACACAAAUAGAAACAACAGCAACAAGCAGAACAUCAUCAACAUCAGUGGAUGGCUUAAAAAAUUGGUUACCUCGUCCUCGAAGUAUCUCAUCAAUUGUGGAACAUUUGGUUGUGAUUGGCUCUUUAUUGAUCGCAUUAAGUGGUCUGGUUGUUUGCGACGAGUCCCAGGAUUUUCAAAAGAACAUUCCUGCACGUCUGGUAUGGGCAGCAGUAGGCAAAAGUGUGGAUUUACCUUGCGAUCUUACACCACCUUCACCGCAGGAUUCUGUAAAACUACUGCUAUGGUUCAAAGAUACAACAGGAAUUCCACUCUACAGUUUGGAUUCACGUGGAGGAAAUGUCAAAUUAGCGCCACACUCUGCCAUAGCUAGCGAUUUGGGUCAACGUUUGUUCUUUUCGAUUGGUGAUAAUCCCAAGGAUUCACGUCUACAAAUACGAGAUGUCAAGCCCACCGAUGGUGGUGUUUAUCGUUGUAGAGUAGAUUUUUUUAAUUUUCCAACUCGUAAUUAUAGGAUAAAUUUAACUUUAGUUGUUCCUCCCGAAGAGCCUCGUAUAUUUGAUGCUCAAGGCAAAGAAAUUAACCAGACACAGACUGCCGGCCCAUUUCGUGAAGGCUAUGAACUGUUUUUAUGCUGUCAAGUUAAAGGCGGACGACCACCACCAAAAGUUACCUGGUGGAUGGGUGAUACCGAAUUAAUUGGCACAAGUCAUACAUCGGUGGAGGAGGGUACCACGGUUAUAGUUAAUCAACUAUUAAUAGGUACAACAACGCGUGAUUAUAAUGGUGCCAAGAUACAGUGUCGUGCCCAAGGCACAAAACUGAUAGAGCCCGUUAUAAAGGAAGUACCGGUGCAAGUACAAUUAAAACCUGUUCGAGUGAAAAUUAUAACACCAAAUGACCUGCUUACAGCUGGUCAUCCCGUGCCUUUACGCUGUGAAUCUUGGGGUUCUUAUCCAGCGGCCAAAAUAACUUGGCUUUUAGAUGGUGAACCCAUACGUAAUGCUGAAGUUACCGUACACAGUGAUCGUGAGGACUCAAAUAUCACAACCAGCAUUUUAACAUUAAAGGUAACUUCGGAGAAUGAUAAUGCUGAGCUCACAUGUCGUGCAUCUAAUCCAUGGUUUUCUGGUGGCGCCAUUGAAGAUAAACGUAUCAUACGUGUAGCAUAUCCCCCUACUGUGUCAGUGCAUUUGGCCAAUGAAGAUCCCAGCCGCAUUGUUACUAGAGCCGAAGGUCAAAAUGUUACAUUCAAAUGUCGUGCCGAUGCCAGGCCACCCGUCACCUCUUAUUCCUGGUUUAAGAAUGGUAUGCGUAUGUCUGGCGAGAGUUCAGAAAUAAUGCAUUUAACUCAACUAGAGCGAGAAAGUGCCGGUGCUUAUGCUUGUGGUGCAACAAAUACUGAAGGGGAGACUAGAAGUUCGAGCAUAACAUUAAGAGUACAAUAUUCUCCACGAUGCAAACCAGGCACUGAACAAACAUCCAUUGGCGCUAUAAAUAUGCACUCAAUACCGGUUAAAUGUGAAGUUGAUGCCGAUCCACCGGAUUCUGUAAAAUUUAGUUGGACAUACAAUAAUACAAGAAAUGUGUCACCAGUACUCAAUUCGAGAAUACAAUCGAAUGGUUUAACUAGUACUGUCACCUACCUGCCACAAACUGAUUCGGAAUUAAUAACAUUGGCCUGUUGGGCCAGUAAUGCGGUGGGUCGUCAAACCACACCCUGUUUGGUGCAUAUCCUGCCUGCAAAUCCUCCAGAGGCUCCAAGGUCUUGUGAAAUACGCAACGAUACUGUUUUAGAAGUAGUAUGUGUUGCGGGUAAUGAUGGUGGUUUAUCGCAGUACUUUAUUUUGGAAGUUGUCGGUGGAGAUCCUUUAUAUUCUAGUGAUUCGACAAGAACAUUUAGUGACGCAAGUAUAGGCGAUAAUGAAAUUUCAACAAUGAAUGAUCAGGCUACCUCAGCACCAAUAUUUCGUAUUCAAGAACCAAAUCCACAAUUUCGUUUAAACAAUUUGGAGCCGGGACGAGAAUAUCAAUUUGUAGUAUAUGCUGUCAAUGCAAAAGGUCGUAGUGAUCCACCAGUGGUUAUAGAACGUGUGCGUGUGGCUGCCCAAUUGGGGCCAUAUGGUAAGUUAUAUGAAUCCAUAUUGUCCGAAGAUCCUACGCCUGCUGAAACUACACAUCAUGUGAGUAGUAAUGUUGGUGUGGCUGCCAGUGGUACGGGUGCUAGUAUUGGUGGUGGUCCUGAAAAGCAAUCAACAUUACUGCUUUUAGCUGCUGUCGUGGCUAUUGGGGCUGUUGUAAUAACAUCAAUUAUUGUGGCCGGUAUAGUGGUUGUAUGCAAACAUCGACCUCGGCCACCUGAGCCACAGGAUGUGCGAAAAAGUAUGAGGUAAGUAAAUAACAUGAAACAGGGUUUGAUUUUUUUCA